UUUUUUUUAAAGUCUAGAAGAAAUUUUCAUUUAAAUAUGGCUGAAGUCGAACAAUUCAAACACAAUCAUAACGUUAUUAAUGAGGAAGAGAAACAACAACUUGAAGCUUUAAAUCGUUCUUUAUUCGCUACAAUUGCUGAAUAUACAAAGAUUCGAAAUGAACAUGCAAAAUUGAUUGAAUCACAAUUAUGUCCGAUUAGGUGUGAUAUUGAAAGGCGCAUUCGAGCAGCGGAUUUAGGUUUUCGUUUGGAUUUUUUGGAAUUUUUAUCUAGUAUUAGGGUUGGGGUUUUUGAGCCGGGCCUACGUUUGAGUUUUUUUCGGGAUUUAAUUUUUUCGUGCCGGCCCGACCGAGUCUUUUUUGGGCCAAAAUUUGAUGCCCGACUUGAUCUUUCGGACCGAGACCGGGCCUCUAACCUUACCUAG